UCGGGCUGGGACUCUGCCCUGCGCGCUCCGUUCCUGUGGCUUUGCUCGGAUCCGACGGCCGGUUCCACCAUGAACCGGUGCGCCGAGGCGGCGGCAGUGGCGGCCACCGUGCCGGGCGCCGGGGAGGCGGGGCUGCGGCCACCCAUGGUGCCCCGCCAGGCGUCCUUCUUCCCGCCGCCAGUGCCCAACCCCUUCGUGCAGCAGACGCGGAUCGGUGCGGCGAGGCGGAUCCAGAUUUUCAUUCUUGGAAUUAUCCUACUUCCACUUCGUGUCUUACUAGUGGGGAUAAUUUUGUUGCUGGCCUGGCCAUUUGCUGCGAUUGCAACAGUGUUCUGUCCCGAGAAGCUGACCCACCCAAUGACUGGUUGGAGGAGGAAAAUUGCUCAGCCAGCUUUGAAGUUUCUGGGUCAUGCCUUGUUCUUCUCGAUGGGAUUUGUAGUUUCCGUGAAAGGAAGGAUUGCAAAGCCUUUGGAAGCGCCCAUUUUUGUCGUGGCCCCUCAUUCAACAUUCUUCGACGGCAUCGCUUGUGUUGUAGCUGGGUUACCGUCUUUGGUGUCUCGAAAUGAGAAUGCACAGACCCCUCUGGUUGGCAGACUGUUACGGGCUGUGCAGCCAGUGUUGGUAUCCCGUGUGGAUCCAGAUUCCAGAAAAAACACAAUCAACGAAAUAAGAAAACGAGCAACCUCAGAAGGGCAGUGGCCCCAGAUACUAGUUUUCCCAGAAGGCACUUGUACUAAUCGUUCCUGUUUGAUUACUUUUAAACCAGGAGCCUUCAUUCCCGGGGUUCCAGUGCAGCCAGUCCUCCUCAGAUACCCAAACAAGCUGGAUACCGUGACGUGGACAUGGCAAGGAUAUACAUUCCUCCAGCUGUGCGUGCUGACCUUCUGCCAGCCCUUCACAAAGGUAGAAGUUGAGUUCUUGCCUGUGCAAGUCCCAAGCGAUGAAGAAAAAGGUGAUCCUGUGCUUUUUGCCAGUAGAGUCCGGAACUUAAUGGCUGAAGCACUGGGGAUACCGGUCACAGACCACACCUACGAAGACUGCAGGCUGAUGAUUUCGGCCGGACAGCUGACGCUGCCCAUGGAAGCCGGGCUGGUGGAAUUCACGAAAAUUAGUCGGAAACUGAAGUUGGAUUGGGAUGGUAUUCGCAAGCAUUUGGAUGAAUAUGCAUCUAUUGCAAGUUCCUCAAAAGGAGGACGCAUUGGAGUCGAAGAAUUUGCAGAAUAUUUAAAGUUGCCCGUUUCAGAUGUCUUGAGACAACUUUUUGCGCUCUUUGACAGGAACAACGACGGUAGCAUCGACUUCCGCGAGUAUGUGAUCGGCCUGGCUGUCUUGUGCAACCCUGCCAACACGGAGGAGAUCAUUCAGGUGGCAUUCAAGCUCUUUGAUGUUGAUGAAGAUGGCUACAUAACAGAGGAAGAAUUUUCCACCAUUCUCCAGGCUUCUCUUGGAGUGCCUGACCUGGAUGUUUCUGGUCUCUUCAAGGAAAUUGCCCAUGGGGAUUCUAUUUCCUAUGAGGAGUUUAAAAGUUUUGCCCUGAAGCACCCAGAAUACGCUAAGAUAUUUACCACGUACCUGGACCUCCAGACGUGCCAUGUGUUCUCUUUACCCAAAGAAGCCCAGACAGCUCCCUCCGUGGUGAGUAAUAGAGUCAGCCCCGAAGACCACGAGGAGAGUGCCUCGGACAAGAAGGAGGACUGAACACAGCAUCCCCAAGGAGGCGAGCACGGCGGCUGUCCCUGGGCGCUGUGCAGGUGUUUAUGAUGUGCUUACUGGGUAGUGAUGGGUAAAAUGGAAAAGCCUUUUUAUAUAGAAACCAUAGACUUUCUUACCAAAGAUACCUUUAUAUUAACGUGCAUAAAUCCAGUCAUAUUCCCUCUCUUUGGUAUUACAUUGUGCUGUACUGAUGUACAUACUAGUGAUAACUACUGGAUGUUUUUAACUACUGGAUGUUUGCGAGUUAAUUUGCAUAUCCAAAAGAAUACAAGGGUCUUAGUAUUGGUGAGCAUACAUCAAUACUCUAAAGGAUUUAAAAAUGUGUAAAUGCUUCUUUACCUACUGUCCUAGAAACAAUGUUAUUCCAGUUCCUUCCCAUUCUAGAAGUAUGAAUGAAGAGUUGAGGAGGGUUGUGGAACUUUUAUACCUUUAACUUCACAGAUGCACUUGCCCAUUUAAAUUUCAAUGUCUUGGGUCCCUGAAUCUGGGAGGAGAGAGCUCUGUUAAUCAGCUGGGACUUCUUAAGAACUCCUGUUGCCAUUAGCAUGUACCUCUAGCGUGGAUUCCUUUAACCACCCACUGAGGCAAUCAUGUCCUUUCCAUGAUCUAAAGUUUUAAAAUUCUGAUUUCAGGACAACAGCUAUGGCCAGAGGCUAAAUGGGAAUUGCCUUAUUGAAGGUAACACUGAUUGCCUAAUGAGAAAAUGAAUUGUUUGCCACUGAGUUGAAUCUAAUUUGGGUUACAUGGUUCAGAAGGUAGCGCUUGCCCAAUACAUGAAUCAGAUUUGUUCUAUUUAUGUAUUAGUCGAAUUAAUAUAUUUUACCAUUCAGGUGGGGUUUUAUUUUGUUAAGUGUCCUCUCUAAUUUUAGAGAUUGUCUGAAGGAUCUGCAUGGAAAACACAAAAGGUUGCAAAAUAUCACCGAAAGCUAAGACCGCAAAUAACCCGCCUUAUUAAUAUAAAACCACACUUUAUGCCCAGUGAGUCACAAUAGCAACAUUUUCCAUUUAGGUUAAGCAAUAAUUUCCCUGAAGUGCCAUUUUUAUUGAAUCUCACACAUUCAAAUUAUUAAUAUCAUUCAUAUUUGAGAUUUUGGACAGAGAACCGAUUGGUUAAUAUAAUGUACCAAAAAGAAAAAAAAAAGUUGGUUCACAUUCUGAAUUCAGACUAAAACCAAACUGUUUUGGCUGUGUUUCUCAGUGUAUCUAUUGAUGAUUGCCCAUGAGUUGGGGUUUUAAAGUUGAGAAGUCUCAUGAGAGGUGUUAGAAUUUAUAUUUCGUCCAAAGUCAUGACUCCCAGUUAAUUUUACGCAUUAAGCAUUCUGUUUUCUCAUUGAAUAGGUGCAUGUGUGUUUGGAAAAUUGAACACCAGAGAAGUUCAUCUUUAAGUUAAUGUAGUUAGUUGCUGUUUUAUAUAUCUUAAAGCUAUUUAGAUAAAGGGUAAACUGAGCUAAAACAGGAACUUCAGUAACUUGGACAGUGUAUCUUUAUUACACUGUCUACCAUGUGUGGUGAAUGUAUGUGAAACUCAGGUACCUUGACUUGUUGUUAAUCAAGAAAACCCACAUAUUAACCCUGUUAAUCAUGAGAGAGUCUGCCACUGCAUUGCAAAUUAAAGGCUCUUUUGAGACUGUUGAAAAUGAUCCCAUUGUUUUCCUGUUGUAAAAUAAUAGUUUAUAUUCUGUAAUUCCACUUCUGUAAAUGUAGGAUUCCUAUUUUAUAAUUAUGUUACUGAAUAAACAAACUUGCUACAUAAAACUCUUGGCAAUUAAAAAAAUGCUGGUUUUGCCUUUCAGUCUCGGAUAU